AGUGAAAGUAAAAUAUGGUCUGCGACAUUUUAUGAUCGUGAGAUGUCUUCAUCACAGAAACGUUUUUACGAUUAUUUAUAGUACACAUGUAUAGUUGAUUUGUCUUCAGUGUAUUUAAGAUGCACGUGCUUUACUUUUUUAUUUCAGCACUGCUGAAGAUCGCUGAUGGGUUUACAGUGAAGGGUUCCUCGGGUCCUCUGGUUGUUCCUCUGGGAGGUUCAGUGCUUCUGCCCUGUUCUGUUGAUUCACUCUUACCACUGAAGGAUCUGGAGGUGGAAUGGAAAAGGCCGGAUUCAGAGACUCUGAUUCAUCUGUAUCAAGAUGAAGAUAUCAGACCAGAGGCUCAACAUCCAGAUUAUCAUAAUAGAGCUCAUUUCUUCACUGAAGACAUUAAACAUGGAAACUUCUCACUCCUGUUGAACAAUCUGACAGCUGAAGAUGAGGGACAAUACACAUGUAAAGUUUACUCUGGACAAAAGUCUGGAGAAACUGUGGUGGAAGUCCAAUGUGGUGAGCGUUUGAUAGUGUUAGGAUCAAAUAAGUCCAUAUCUGCAUAUGAGGGUGAAGAUGUCACUCUGAGCUGCUCUGUGGACUCUCACAUCAAACCUGAAGAGAUUGAAGAGGUUUCAUGGAAGAAAAGAGAUAAAGAUGGAGACAUCCUGGUUCUUCUCUAUGAAAACAAUGAAACUCAACCAGAAUCAUCAGAUGAACAAUACAGAGACAGAGUUGAGUUCUUCAAUGAUGAAAUCCACAGAGGAAACUUCUCUCUCAGACUGAAGAGAGUCAGGACUGAAGAUAAAGGAGUUUACAUCUGUCAAGUGUUUGCUAAAGGACUUUCAGCAAACACAACUGUGAUACUGCAACAACUGGGUUUCUCUACUUUGCAUAUAAUGGUGUUGAUUCUCUGUAUAGCUGCAUGUGGAUCUGCAGUUAUAAUCUGCUCUUACAUAUACUGCAGAUCAGACAAAAAUGAUACCAGCAGAUGUGUCCAAGCUUGUAAGGUUUCUCUUGUCAUUUGUCCAAACAUUUUUAUGUUCAUCGCCUUCAUCAUCUGGGGUGUUACUGAGGGAUUUUUAAAAGAAAGCGUCACUUGCAGUGCACUUUAUAUUCUGAGGCCUGUCAUGUUGUUUUGGACUGUGCCCCAUUUAGAUGAUCUUCAAGACUGCACUAAACCAUGGAUUAGGUUUUUAACUAUAACAGGAGAAUUUGCUGCAUUAAGUGUCAUUUUUUACUCAGUUAUCUUUACAUAUGGCUGGAAACAGAUAGCACAUUAUAUAAUAGCAGUUGUACCUGGUAUUUUUGGAGGAUGCUUUGCAUUUGUGCUACUAUUCUCUCUAUGCAUAUUGCCUGGAGAUCUCUUAGGAACAGUAGGAGUUAAGAUUCAGCGUUUUUCUUUAGUUUUAUUGCCAUGUGUGCAGAUUCUUUUCCUGGUGUGUUUAUUUAAUGGUCCCAGUCCGGAUUUUAUGGAUUUGACCUGUGUUUUAUUUCUGCUAGUUUUGUUUAUCCUGGUGUUCUUUGAAAUCUGUGAUGAUGCCUGUCCGCCCAAUGCAAGUGUGUUCAUUUUGGGAGCUGUUGGUAUUAUUUCUUUGAACUCUGUUACACUGGCAGCAGAGCUGAUUCUAAAAAGACGAAAUGGUGAGCGUGCAAUAGGAGAUCUCAGAGUCAUUGUUUUUCCGUCUGAAUGUGCUUUGAUCUUAUACUGGCUGUUAUUUUCAUUAUAUACUUGCUGUAAGUAUGUUUUUAAAAAUUUGAUUUGUUAUAACAUUUAAAACAUUUAAAAAUGUCUUAUUGUAAGUUUAUUUUAGGUUUCUUUGCAUUUUAGGAGAAAACAAAGUCUUACAAGUUUAACAAAGACCACUAGUUUGUCACUCUUUAGGAUGCACUCUUUUUGUAAAAUUACAGAUAUAUUAAAGCUUUAAAUAUAAAAUCUGAUGCAAACCUAAGCCCUUUUCACACAGACAUUACAUAGGGGAUUUGUCCGGGAUCGUUUGAUCUGUGUUUGCAUUCACACAUAUGCCGUAAAGAUCCCAGAAAGAUACAUGACGUGUUUAAAGUCAUACACUUGGUGUUUUUUUUUCUCCGCAGUGUCUGAAGUUUGCAGUUAAUUUAUCUGUCCAGAAACCAAUCGCAUGCGUCUGUCUAGUAUGCUGGUAAAUGAUCUCCACAUCAGAGUGGAUAUUUGACAAGCUCCAUUCAGUCCACAUUUACAUGACAUUUAGUCAUUUAUCAGACGCUUUUGUCCAAAGCGACUUACGAGUGAGGUAAACAAUAGAAGCAAUUAUAGCAACACAAGAACAGCAAUACAUAAGUGCAUUGGAAAUAGUCUCAUCAAGUCUGACACAGUAUAUAUAACUGUCCUUGAUGGCGUGAUGGUUGUGUAACCUAGCUGAAUGGAAAGGUUGUGCUGAAUCUUUUGUUCAGAUAAUAUACCAAGCAGUUUUUGUUUUUGUGAGGUUAAGCUGGAGAUGUUGAUCCUUCAGAGUCCAGUUUGCAGACAUUUCUCUCGUGAUUGUUAAUGUGCAUUUAAAACCUCAGUUUUAAUAAGCUAAAAAAUAUAUCUUGUUGCAAUGAUGUGUGGGCAUUUUUGUUUGUUAUACGCUCAUAUGAGCUAUUAUUUUAUGCUGAUGAAUGAUCUCCGCUUCAGCACGGAUAGUGAUGAGCUACCUGAUAUCUGCUUCAGACCAGUUUGCAGACAUUCACUUUUCGAGAAUGUUAAUCUGCAUGUAAACCCCUCAUUUUAAAAAGGUGAACCAUAACUUAAUCAAAAAUGUUGCCAUGACACGCGCGUCCUCACUGCGACAUGUCCCUAACGGCAUUGUUUCUGUGUCUUGUUCGUACUGAGGGCUUUCCGGGUAUCUUACGGCAAUGUAACUAGGUCCUCUUUCCGGGAGUGAUCCCAGGACAUUUACUGGAUGUGUUUGUGUUCACACAGAAGCUUGUGUCUGCCAAUUUUUUUGUCUGAUAUUUUUAUGUUUUCAGUUGGUUUUCACGUUCUAAAUAUAAAUUUUUCCCUCUCUCUGUUCUUAUUACAUAGGCUGUGGAACUAAAUCUGUACACAAUCAAAGGACGCAAGGACACCGAAAACCAGAGAACACACCAGAGAGUCAUGAAAUGGAGCCCUUCUCAGCACCAUCUCACAAGAGUUGAAGUCAAAGUCAAACAGACUUGGUUGUAUAUAUGCUGUACCAAGUGUGGUGUGCUAUAGCAGGGGUUUUCAAACUUUUUGUGUGUGUGGACCACUAUUUGUAAUCAAGAAUUUUCGCGGACCACCUCAUAGUACUUAUUAUAAAAUAUGUCUACACAAAGUCCUGAAUUAAUCUGCACAUCUAAAUAGUCUUACUAGCACUAAACUAAAACUAUAACUGGUCAUCACAUCAGUACAACAGGUUUCUUAACCUUAUAUCAUAAUUAUUUAUAUACAUAUUCUUAGUGUUCGGAAAGUUCACUUUCUACAUGAACAAGUUUAGUUCACAGUUCACAAAUUUUUAAAUGAACUAGUUCAGUUCAUAGUUCAUAUUUGAAAAUGUUAAACUAGGUCACAGUUCCUAAAAUGAACUAAUUUAUAGUUAUUUUUUUCCCAUAUUAUUUUUUUUAAAUGAUUGCCAUUAUAGCCCAUAUAGAACCACCACAGACAGCAAUUAUUUGAACAGUUUUAACAGUGAAGCUAAAUGCGUCAGAUUUCAUCUUCAUGUCCAACUUUAAAUCCUUAUCCAACCAGGGUUUACAUUAGCAUUGACUGUCUUUUAAUUUUUGUAUUUGCUUACACAUACCUUGAAAGGCUAGCUGGGUGGGGGUCACACCCUGGGCGAGAAGUGCUGCGAGGCAUUGCGUGUAUGACAACUCGCAGGUAUUGCACACCACACGUGCACGUUAAAUAGCGUGAGCUUAGUCAAAGUCUAUUUCAAGAUCCGGAAUAUGCGUUAGCAGCCUAUGUUAAUCGUUAACGACAAAUAUGAUGUUAUUUAAUGUUAAACUAUUUGAGUUGAGCGGCAGGAAUUUCAGCAGUGUCUGUGUUGUUGUGAUGACGCAUGCAGCAUGACUGGUGAACAACACCGAGUGGUGGCGGUGUUGCCAGAUUGGGUGUUUUUUCCGCUACACAUUAAGGCCUGUUUACAGUGUGUUUUAGUCGGGUUUUCGCCUGGAAGAAUAUACAAAUCUGGCAUCCUAUUGAACGACGUUAACUGAGAGAGCGUGCUGUUCACAGGCACCAGAAUGAAUGAGUUCACAGUAACGUUUAUUAGGCAGCAGUACACGUUCGCCCAAAAUAUGAACGAGUUUGUAUAUUAAAAUAUACAUAUUCUUAUUUUGCCUUUUCACGGACCACCUGCAGUACCCUCACGGACCACUAGUGGUCCGCAGACCACAGUUUGGGAAUGGCCGUGGUAUCCACACUAUUCCUGAGGUAAAUGCGGGCGACGCCAUCUUGAGCUCAGAUGGGUAAAACUUCCGGUGAGCCACUACAGCUAAUAAUAGUUCUAUUGCGAGGGAUACGAGUCUGCCGUUUUGACUGGCAUUUUAAUGCUUAUUAUGAAAUCCAGGAAGAUCGGCAUAAUUUGUGCAGUUACAGUAGGGGUUAACAUAAUAGAUGAUACAAACGCAGUAAACCUUUACAAAACGGUUGUUUUAACUGUAAUACACGCUCAAGAACUGAAUGUUUAUGUGGCGCACGUGCAUCUAUUAACUGUAUCCACACAUCCAUCCAGUAAAACCUUUCAUAGAAACUGACAGUGAACAAUGAAUACAAUAAUUAUUCAAAAACUACAUAUUAUGCAGAUAAAAAUAUGCUGAUUUAUUUAUUCUGCUACUAGGGCCUAUAUAUUAUUACAAAAAUGAGAUUACAGCACAUAAUAUAUAGCCUACGACAUUAACUGCUUAUUAGUUAAUAUUUAUAAUAGUUUGUGAUGUGUUACGCAUACCGUUACUUUUGUUGUGUUUUAAAUGAAUUAUUUAAGCAAAUAAUUUCAUAAGCUCAUGUCUUAUUUACUGUAUAAUAUUUUCAUAAAACGAAAACUGAAAACAUGUAAUAGGAGUUUAAUAUGUUUAUUAUGGUUUGUUUAAAUAACUUACAUUGUAUUGAAUGAGAAGCAUAAGUUACUGCUGCUGUCGGAUCGCGUGAAGCUUGAUGUGUAGCCAUAAAAACUCGAUAAGUCGAUUAAAAAUUGCCGUUUAAAAAAACCUCACACCAGGGACAGUUGUGACAUUUUAAACCAUCACCUGAAACGUUUAAAAACAAGAAGUCUCUGUAUAUUCCAUGUAUUAAACACUCGACUGACUGUCCCACUGUAGAGAUACGGCAUGUCUCUGUGCUUUUAUUUGCACAUUGAAGAUCCGUCGCCCCCGAGGAACAACAUGAAACGAUUGAAUAUAUAUUGAUGUAUCAGGACACUUCUUAAUUUCAUCCUCACACUGGUUCAUACAUGAAAUUAUGACCGUAAUCAUCAUGGAAAUCACCGGCUCUGGUCCAGUGACAGUACGCGCUGGAAGUCGCACCCACAAUUCGCGCAAAGCGUCAUGGGGCGUAGGAAUAGUGUGGAUAGUAUUUCUGAUGAUCCCUUGAUGGUUUGCUAAAAACUUAAGUCCUGAGUGUUUUGUUUCACUUGACUUUCUCACUAAGGGUGCAUUGCAGGGGUACAUUGGACCCCAAAGUAUGGUUCGUUUAGCUAGUGUGAUUGCUCUGUACUUUACCAGGGUGUGGUAUGAUUGACAGUACCCUGGUUCGCUUUGCAGUGAUGUUCUCUGGCAUGGUUUGCUUUGAUUCGGGGACAAGGUGCAUGCGCUUACCGCAUUAGAGUGCAAAACAUCAGCUGUCACUCUAAAACAUGAUUUCAAACACACCCAAUAAGGUUUAAACUCAAUUACGAUGAGCUCCAUCUUGCAUAUCUUCCAAUUUUCUGCAAACAAUUGCAUCUUUUAAUGACACAAGCAUACUCUGGUACGGAUCAUAAAGUUUUGUGUGAGCGCAGACCAGCAUGUGAGUGGGGACAAUUGCACUUGGAUACGGUUCGGUCAGGUUAACUAUGAUUACGACUUUAAAAGGUCUCUAAAUGUAAUUUCAAAUAAAAAGGAAAUGGUGCUUUUUCUGUGGCAAGUCCCAAACUCUGAAAAAAGUGACCCUUCCCUUUCAAUGUGAGGUCAGCUCCAUUAAUUGCCUGAUUUAAAAACAUAUUUAUUUAUUCUUUAAAUUGUUUGCUAUGUUGUAUAUGCAAUAUCAAAUGUUGGUGUUUGUCAUCAGUAUUGUAAAGCAACAUUUUGAAAAUGUGAUAUGUAAAUAAAGUACUGUAUAGCUCAGUGGUAGAGCACAGAGUUAGCAUCGCAUAAAGUCAUGGGUUUGAACCCAGGGAAUACACAUGCUGAUAAAAUGUAUGCCUUGAUAUACACUGUAAGUCGUUUUGGAUAAAAGUGUCUGCCAAAUGCAUAAAUGUAAAUGUAAAUGCUUGCUAGGUUUCUCAUAUAAUGCACAGUAUAUAUAUUUUAUUUUGACUUUUCUGUUAGUGUUUAGUUUUUACAUCAGUAACAUAAAGAAAUUGUUUCUUGAGGCUACUCAUAACAGGGAGAAUUUAACUUAACUGGAAAAAUUUUUUUUUUUUUUUUAAGUGUAUAUAUAGUAUAUUCAUUAUAAUUUAUUCACUGUUUAUCUGUUUGCUGUAAGGGAUGUGAAAAUACUAUUUUAAAAAUGAUUUGGCAUAAGGAACACAAUUUGUUCUGUUAAAAGAUGAAAUGUGUUAUUAUUUGUAGUGUGAAAUUUUCUUUUGUAAAAAUUCAGAUUUCAUUCUUUUUAGAACAAAUAAAAAAGUGAGUCAUAAAUUAAUCUGUUGCAAUAAAAGGGAUCUAUACAUUUCUUUAAUUUCAACAGUCAACAGAUAAAAACAUCUGUGUAGUUAUUAAAAUUUACAUAUGGUUAUAUACAGUUACAGUAUAACAAAAUAGCAGUGUACUAAUAA